UCACUUUUCCAGCAACACAAAAAACUCUUACUACUACUUACCCAAAAAACACUAAAAAAAAACAUUCGAUCAAUUGUUUACCUAAGUGACCAUUAUGGCUCUUAUGGCGCAGGACACCACUCCCAUAGUGUUAAACGUAACACGAGGGAAGCCUGAACUUGUGUGCCCUGCAGAGCCCACGCCACGAGAGCUUAAACCGCUCUCGGACAUCGAUGAUCAAGAGGGCCUUCGCUUCCAUAUGCCGGCCAUCAUGUUUUACAGGGCCGACCCUUCCAUGGAAGAAAAGGACCCGGUGAAAGUGGUGAAAGAUGCUCUUGCAAAAGCUCUUGUGUUUUACUAUCCUUAUGCAGGUCGGCUAGUAGAAGGGCCAACGAGGAAGCUCAGUGUUGACUGUACAGGUGAAGGUGUGCCCUUCAUUGAGGCUGAGGCUGACGCACGACUCGAGGAUUUUGGAGAUGAGAUUCAUCCUCCAUUUCCACUUCAGGACUUGCUCUAUGACAUGCCUGGGACUGAUGGAAUGCUUGGCACGCCAUUACUUAUAGUUCAGGUAACACGUCUAUUAUGUGGUGGAUUUAUUGUGGCCCUUCGAGCCAACCAUGCAAUGAGCGAUGGCACUGGAGUUAUGCAAUUCAUGAACGUUGUAGGUGAGAUGGGUAAAGGCUUUGUUACUCCAUCCAUUCUCCCAGUAUGGGAUCGCGAACGCUUAACAGCGAAGCGAUCCCCGAAUGUGAGCUUUUCACAUCCGGAGUAUGACCAGCAUGAAAUCGACCACCACUCGAAUGAUGAAGCUAACUUGGUCCAACAAUCCUUCCUUUUUGGGCCAACAGAGAUUGCUGCUCUUCGUCGUCAUAUCUCCCCGCGUAUCAAACAAUUCUCCACAUUCGACAUCCUUAGCGCUUCGUUGUGGCGGUGUCGAACAAUAGCACUUGGACUAGACCCUGAAGACGAAGUUCGUUUGCUUUUCGCGGUUAAUGCGAGGAGUAAGUUUAAUCCACCCCUUGCAAAGGGAUACUAUGGAAAUGCUUGUGCAUUUCCAGCUAUUUGUGCUAAAGCAGGGGACAUAUGCCAAAAUAAAGUAGAGUAUAUUUUGGAGUUGAUAAGGAAUGCCAAAAGUGAAAUCAACGAGGAAUAUAUGAGGUCUAUUAUGGACCUUAUGGUUACUAAUGAUAGGCCUCAUUUCACAGUGCGUCAGACUUAUGUAGUAUCCGAUUUAAGACAUUUGGGUUUUGCAGAUGUUGAUUUCGGGUGGGGAAAGCCCGUUUUCGGCGGGCCAGCUAGUAAUGGGUCAGUACCUGAUGCAAGCUUCUUUAUAUCCUUUAAGAACAAGAAGGGAGAGACUAUGACUAUGGUGCCUAUUUCCUUGCCUCCCGUGAUAAUGAAUGUUUUUGUCAAGGAAUUACGUGAGAUGCUUAAAACACAGCUUUAAAUUAUUGGAUAUUCCAAGAAUUGGCUUUGCACAAUGCACAGUGCCUUGGUGCAUGGAUCUCAUGAUGUUUCUGCCUUUUCCGCAAAUCGGUGGAUCUAUAGUGCACCAACUAAAGAAAGUUUCUUACAAAUGAGUUGCAAGUGCAAUGUACAUAGUAAGGUUGAUUGUGAUUUGUGUAUGUGUAUCAUAAAAAAUGAAUGUAUUUCGUUUUCCAAAAAUUUCAAAUGUAUCUAAAGUCACUUAACCCGGAUAGCAAUAUAGCAUGUAGUUUUUCUAUUU